UAGACGACAAACCGAAGGAAUGAGUUCUGUAGCAGUCGUUUCCCUCCACUGGUUUUGGGGACGCCAGCAGAGCCCCGGUGUGGUGUCCCGUCCCCACGAGGAGGGAGUCCGUCUCUGAUUCACAUUUUUGACGCCAUUUCUUUUCCCCAAUUCCACCUGAAAAUCACACUUUUUAUAAGCCUUUAUUUUCAUUAAUUUUGCUUCAAAGUCAAACAUUUCGUUUUUGUUAAUUUUCGACUCCCUAGAAAAAAAAUCCGACCCCCCUUAUUUAAAGGAACUGUCUCUUUUUUCUGUUUCGGAGCUUUUGGUGUGUCAGUGAAGUGACCGGCUGAAACGGGGCGUCCGGUGGCUUUUUUAAACCCCUUGUAUCGUGACUAUCGGGGGUCCCCAGUCCCACUCUAGUGAUGGAGAUUCACUGUAAACACGACCCGUUUGCUGCAAUGCACAGACAUGGCGGAGUGAACCAGCUUGGAGGUGUGUUUGUAAACGGCAGGCCCCUCCCAGAUGUUGUGCGACAGCGAAUAGUAGAACUUGCCCACCAAGGGGUUCGGCCCUGCGACAUCUCACGGCAGCUGCGAGUCAGCCACGGAUGUGUCAGCAAGAUACUGGGCAGGUACUAUGAAACGGGCAGCAUUCGCCCCGGGGUAAUCGGGGGAUCCAAACCAAAGGUUGCUACUCCCAAAGUGGUCGACAAGAUCGCAGAUUACAAACGCCAAAACCCCACCAUGUUUGCCUGGGAGAUCCGGGACAGGCUCCUCGCUGAGAGAGUGUGUGACAACGACAGUGUCCCCAGUGUCAGCUCCAUCAACAGGAUCAUUCGGACAAAGGUUCAGCAGCAGCCGGGCCAAACAGGCUCAGCAUCGGCUCACAACUUAGCGACUUCUGUAGCUGUCACGCAAGUGUCAGCAGUGACCAGCGACUCAGCAGGCUCAUCGUACUCCAUCAGUGGCAUUCUGGGUAUCAGCUCAGCUGCUGAUGUGGGCAAGAGGAAGAGGGACGAUGGUUUGCAGGAGUCACCACUGGCCAACGGGCAUGGCCACAGUGGGCGGGACUUCCUCAGGAAGCAGAUGAGAGGGGAGCUGUUCUCGCCGCAGCAGAUCGAGGUAUUGGAUCGCCUGUUUGAAAGACAGCCUCCCUGUCCAAUCCAAUCCAGCUCUGAGCUCUAUGUGAGCCCUGACUCUGGCAAGACGUCAGACUAUUCAGCCAUGGCCUCACUCGCUGGUGGACUCGAUGAAAUGAAGAACAGUUUGGCUAAUCCUGGUUCAGGAGCAGAGUUAGGAGCCAGCGUGUCCGGUCCACAGUCCUAUUCCCUCGUUCCAGGUCGAGACUUAGCCAGCACCACUCUGCCAGGCUACCCUCCGCACGUUCCUCCCACUGGACAGGGCAGCUACUCCACCCCCUCCCUCACUGGCAUGGUACCUGGUGGAGAUUUUUCCGGAAGUCCUUAUUCCCAUCCCCAGUAUUCCACAUACAAUGAAUCAUGGAGAUUUCCAAACCCCAGUUUAUUAGUGUUUCAGCAGGAUUAUGGUUCUCUCCUGGGGACGGAAAUCGGCUGCUCCUCAAGUCUCUUCACCAGCCAGGCAGGACAGAUGCAAGGGUCACCGUACUACUAUGGUGCAACAUCUCGGGGUGCAGGCCCUGCUGCCACUGCAACAGCCUCGGCCUAUGACCGCCACUGACGCCUCCUACUGAGAGAAGAGGAGAAGGAGACAAUAGAGGAAGGAAAGGAGGGAUGGUUAGCACCAGCACUGCUCAGUAGAAACCUGCCUGCGUGAGAGCAAAAAUAAGGAUGAAGAUUUCAACUUUUUGACGUCAGUGAAGUUUAAAUUCUCUUCGUUUGUAAACCAACAUUGACUGUUGUUUGGGUAUUACAUUAUGUGAGGACAGAAGUAUGGCAGAGACAAAUAAACUAUUGUUCAGAUAAACAGUAAGCAAGUAAACUUAGCUCCUCACAUUGUACAACAAGGUAUAAAAACUGUCUUUUUGUGAACAAAUCAUCUACUAAUCCAAAAAGUCAGCCGAGCAGUGACUGAAACUGUAUUGUGAUUUUCUGGGUAAAAAUGUUGUGUUUUCAGGUAUUUUGUCUUUGUUUUGAUUCUGUUAUUUGAGCUGAUUUAAGCAAAAAAACAAAACAAAACAAAAAAACACUUAUUCAAGCAGUGUUUCCAUGCCCCAACACCAAUCAAUCAAUUUUCUAUGCCAUGCUGAGGUGAAGUUAAGACAAUCCAAUUUUCAUAACUCUGAAUGACCAAAAUCAUCCAUAUCAUUAUCGUUCUCCUCCUUUUGUUUUUGAUGCCGCAGUUUUACCCUGAUAUCACAAUACUUAAGGCUACUGGAGUGUUCAGUUUCCUCUGAUGAUCCUUUGCUAAAUCCUCCUUUUGUUAGUCUAAUGAUGCUAGGCCCGUCAAGCCUUAACUGUGAAAGUAGAUAAAGACAGCCUCUCAUUUCUUGCCCACACCAACUAUAGGUAGUUUGCAGAAUAUGCCACUUCACUUUUAACCUGGUUAAAAUCUGCUGUCUAAAGUAGAGUAGAGUCAGAAAACACUCGUGUAUGCAGCAACCACUUCGUAAAAGGUGAGGCUACAAUCAUUUAACCACUAAAUUUUAUAUGUGAAUAAAAUCUAAAGAAAUGCAGACCGAAGUAUGUUUCCAGUAACUUAAGUCAUCACUAAGUAGAGAAUAGUUUGGUCUUUAGCUUGUUUUGCAUCUAAAUACAUUAAAAUAAAUAAACAGUUCACCUGAUCAAAAACAAGACAUUGCUCUUAGCUGAUAGCAAGCUAGCAAGUAAGGUAACCAAGCUAGAACAUUUGUUUGUAUUUCCAAAUAUUUUGCUUGUUAAUUCAGAGGACAAGCUUUAGUGUUGGCUGUUUGCAUCCAAAACAAUACAAAAGAAAAUAAUAUGGGCUUUUUAGUUUUUACUUUAUUACUGUAAUCACAUGUAACAUUGGCUGGGAAAAACACCUGAGUAAUGCAAGUUACAUAAAAGCCGGCUGCUAUCUGCAUUGAAGUUUAACAAGCACAAACCACAACAUAUUAUGUUUAAUAGCAGUACCCUAAUCACUUAUUUUAUUGCAACUAUCUAUCUUUACUUUUUGCUAAGACAAACUAAAGAACAGAUAAAGAGUGUUGCUGCUCCUUCAGAUUCUUUCACACUACAUUAUCAUGAGGAAGAAAGCUUGACUGGCCUACCAUACCAUCUCUCAUUUCUUUAGGCUGUGAUUUUUUUAAAUGCUUUUCUGUUGAGGGUUUAGCAAAGGGCUCAUUUUUCAUGUAUUAGCCAGAUUCGGACAAGUCUCCCCAGGACACAAAGUUUAUCUCGACUUCCACACUGAUUUACUGACAGACUGGCCUUUCAGUGAAGCACAGCCAUGAAUCUGAGCCCCCUGCUGUUAAACCAACAGCAUCCAUGUUCACAUCAGACCAAAAUCCAGUCCAACAGGGAGUGUUUUUGUACAGGAAGGUGCUAUCCUCCCUCCCCAGCCAAGAUUUAGUCCUGAUCAAGAGCUAUUUAUAAGUGGAGGAGACAGAGUAAUAUAUUGAGAAGCUUUUCUGUGCUGCACUCCACUGUGAGAGUGAAUGCCUGUAAUGAUUUAUUAUGUCACGCUGUUGUGCUAGAGUAGUGAUGAUGAUGAUGAUGUUGAUGACGAUGCAGUUUAAAAUGAAUCUUAAAAUCUGUCAAUAUGAAAAGAAGUCUUUGUUUAUGAAUAAGAGCCGACUGCGAUUUUCCUGUUUAUAGUUUGUUGCCUGGCAACAGUUGACACAGGUGACACUGAAAAAGACACUUCCUGUUAUAAAAAACACAAAUCAGGAAACAGUGGCACCCUCUCUUUUCUCUCUUGCUCUCUUCUAUUUCUCUCUUUAAACUCCCCAAAGAUGGGCCCCCCCUAGUGGAUCGGCUGACUUACUACAAAAAGCACAAAGAGACUCAAUCAUCAUUAAAAGGCGCCAUAUUACUUUCUGACUUCUCUUCAGAACCAUUGAGUACUUUCUCUUCUUCUUCUCCUCUUUUGAGUGCUUGUCCUUGUGCUGUUUGACACCCUGAAAUUAUUUCUAUAAAAGCAUUGCUAAUGUGAAAAACAAGUGAAACUGUUUUCUUAUUUUUGUUUGUCUCCUGCAUUAGUUCUGCGCUGUGACAAUGUAUGACACCAGGGUUGAGGCCUUACCCAUCAUGUACAGACAGCGUAGGACAGAUUUGCCCUCAAGCUGAUCUAAAAUCAGUGUGUUAUUCCUCUCCAAGGUUUGAGGGCCCCACAGUGUUGAUCUUGUGAGGGGGCAACAUCUUCCUAAACCUGUACAUAGCUUCCUGUCUCACUUUUGUCCAUACAAGAUUUGUACAAUAAUCAGUGAACGAGAAGAGAAUUCACAAUGUCGAUAAAAAUUUUAAUGAAUCACAUUUGAAUUUAGAAUUUAGUAAUGAAGCUUUCUUUAUGAUAAAACGACUAAGAGGUUUGUGGUAUUAUUUUAGCCAUCGUCUGCAGGUGUUUAAACAUCUUUUGUUUCUUUGUUUGGCUCGGGUGUGUGUGGCUGACUGUAGCACAUCAUUGCUACUGUGUAGUUUUACUAGACAACAGAUUGGAGGCACCAAAUCUGCAGCGUGAGACUUUAAAUAUAGUUCUAUAAACCUAUAAACAUUGACCAGAGCUGUUAGUUUUUCAAUCUUUGUUGUUUCUGGGUUUUGAAGUAGUGAUAAAGUGGAUCCUUUUACAUUUGUAGACUUAAAAAGUUGUGUGCACACAACCCUAAAGAAGAAUCUUCUGACGGCUCGCCUGCUGUGCUGCCAGCGUGCACCACAGCAGGAGCCUUUCCUUAUUUCUGUCUUUCUCUCUUGAUCUUUCUGAGGCAUUAUUGAACCUGAACCACACCAGCUGAAAACAAGGACAGUGCCUUUAGUUUUAUAUGUCAACAACCCCAACUGACCACACAUCAUUAAAACUUCUUCAGCACCCCUUAAACUAAACUCUGCCUAUUAUGCAUACACAGGGCUUUAGAUAAUAUGACUCUGAAAACGAAUGAAUCACAGAUUUUAAAGCCAGCUCUAAAGUAUGAUUUACAUAUUUCACCAACAGUAAUGCAGCUCUGAAAGCAGGACCUAAGCACCCAACACUGAGAACACCACCCCUACUCUAACGUAUCCCAGAACUUUUCUAUUCAGUCACAGAUUCAUGCAUAAAUUAUUUGAAUUUAGACUACAAACCCUUUAGUAAUCUACGCACAUGCCUGGUCACAAAAACUAACAUCAUCCAAGAAACAUCUACUGUUUUUAUAUUUAAUAUAAGCCAUGUUGAGUCAAAUAAAACUCCUUUCUUGCCUGUGAAGUGAACUGAUGCUCUAGUAAAGCAGUCUGUGCUACAUCAUAGUUUUAGUUGUAAGCUAGAACUGCUGAAAAUUCACUCUAAGCCACUAGUGGGAGCACUAAGCAACUCACCAAGAGUUACAAAUUCAAUUAAAGAUAGUUUUCUUUAACAGCAUAGAAAGUUUUUGACAUCUAGUUUGUGAUUUCUUUCCAGUAGUCAUGGUCACAACAGGAUGACUCUUUAAGACCCCAGUAAUCUUGACUUUUCUUCUAGAGCCAUUAGCAGUUCAAAUUAUUUAAGGUGUCUUUCCACCAAGUGGUUUGGUUCGGUUUGGUUUCAUGCAGUAUGCAAUUUUUGUGUGUUACCAUCAGAAGUUGAAAAGGGCACUAGAAAAACUGACCCUCGCUGUCCUACUUUCUUGGCACCCUUUUGUUAGGGUACCAAAUGUACAUACCUGACCCUAACCCCCAAAAUCCACAUACUCCACCUGCGCAAGUUCCAGGUGCACAGCGCAGAAGAGCAGAGCUAGGCUCUUUGCAGUCUACUGAUUGAGUUCUGUCAAUCUCAUUUAUUCCUGGCCAGUGAGAGCAACUAAACACAUGACAUAAUGGACAUGCAGAGUUCUGGACAGAACUUGCCAUUGGAGCCGGUUGGUGUAACAUUCUCAUGCCGAAGCUGGUCAGGAGAAGAGCAAAAUCAUCUUUUCUGCCAUGAAAAGCUUUCAGCAUGAUACUUUUGCUCUUCUUUUGGUAAAGAAAUCUGGUCCAAAUCUGAUAAGACUGCCAGUAUAGUUAACCUGAAACACCAGACGGACUGCUUCAUAUUUCCAGUGCAUGAAUAUAUUUCCUAUUCACCUGGAAAACCUUCCUUACAAAGCAUUUGGGAAGGGUAAAACUUAAAAAAAAUAUUCUCAGAAGGUGACUGGACAAACAUUCUGUUGAGAGCCAAACAGACAUGACAAAAUGUGGUAGUCAGGUAUGCGUGGCUUUGGAUGUAGCCUGAGCCCAACAGACAGGUGCUGCCAUAGUUUAUGAACAGUGGAGCUUGUCAGUGGACAUGCAGAGGAGACAUGCAAAAACAUCUCUGCCCAGAGAAGCUGUCGGUGUAGCUCUUUGCUGUUGUUUUAAUGACAAAAUGUGACCCUGUUGUUAUAAAACUGCUGCUACACUAUAUCUAAAUCUGAGCUUGCAGCAGCCAUUGUAUGGCUUACAGUACAACCAAACCCCUUGGGUAACCAUCACAAACUUAUGCCGAGCAGAUCGUAAGAAGAGUGGAAACAUCUUUCCGGUCAUGAAAAGCUGUUCAUUUCUUUUAUUCGAUAAAGAAAUGUGGUCUAGUACUGAUACAACUGCUGUUGUAAAACAGCAUCCAAGCUAAACGCUACAGCCAUUGCCACUCUCUCCAAAUGCAACUUUACCCGCCCGCAGAUACAGUCUCAUUUUCUUCAGUGACACUGAUAGGUUCAGUCUGUUUUCAGACCUGGCACAGUCAUUUCAGUUUGGAGCUUUGUAAGAUGACAGAUGUGGAAUCUGGCCAACCCAUCAUCUUUCCAAGAUUGUCAUAAAUUUUCUUUUAAAGGAAAUGGUGAUUUGCUAAACCAUUUUUGGUACUGCUUAGAUUAAAGUUAAAGCCCGACAAGUUACAGGCCGUAAUGGUGUGUCUUUGCAACUGAGCUGGUUGUGAGAUUAGGCUCUUGAUAUAUGAACGUUAGGAGCUGGCUCCCUUUUGAGAGCCAGUCUCGUUCAGGGUCUACUGUACAGAACCAAACUGGAUGCCUGGUGGAAAUGCACCAUUAUAGUGAAUAGAUAGCACAGAAACUACUGAAUGCAUAGGCAAGAAGUGUGUCACAAGCUUUAUUGAUUCCCGGUGAAAUGUUCUGUUUUAAUGCUGUGAUCCUUCAGUGCUACCGUGUGAUUAGAUUUGUUAUCUGUAUUAACUAUUCUAGCAGGAUGAAGUUAAACUUAUUUGGUGAGGUUUCAUUCAUUAUGCCCCCAUCAGGUCAAAAUUUUAAUGUCCCAAAACUUUAUUUUCUGCGUGGCUCAUAUGCUUGCAUAACAUCAUUUUGUUAGAAUUGCUGUUGUUAACACUUCCUGUAUUAAGAGGGCUGCCAGCCAGCUUAUUCAUACUUUUUCCAGUGUUACGACCAUUGAUAGAUUUAGCCCCAUCCACCCUGAUGUCGUCUGUUUUUAUUCUUUUUGCGCUGAUCUCUGGCUGAAAUGUUAAAAGUUCUGAGAAAAAUCUGAAAAUGAACAUGAUCUAUAGCUCUGGAUCAGGGCUGAACAUAACCCAUCCUCUCCCAAGGAAAAGGACCAAGUAAGCAGCAGUCAUAUAAGACGUCUCCCCUUUAAGCAUCUUACAAAUAGAUAACACCGUUUUUACAAACAUUGUAAACAUGAAGAAAUGUUUAAAGUCGUUCUGCUUGAGGAGGUGAAAGCAGCCGUGCUUCUUUUCUACUCACAAGAAGCAACAAUACCAAACUGUCCAUAUUUGACACCCAGAAUCCAGUGAUACGUUAACAGGAUUAUUGGUUAACUAUGCAUCUCAUAGUGACGUGGAUUGCCUUGCCAUUGCUUUGACCUAAUUGGUUCACAUAUGUGGAGAGGGAGAGUUCCCAUUGGCGCGCAGUUGUUUGGAUUGGCGGCCAUGACAUUGACUUCAGCGCUGAGGGGGGACUGUCAUUGUAUGUGGUACUUUAGAGGCCACACACACACGUAAAUAUAAGUACAGACACUCUCUCUCUUCCUCCCUUUGUCCUUUGCAGAGUGUCGAUCGCCCCCCCCCCCCCCCCAUGCCCCCCUCGUGUUCCCCAGGGGAGGCCAAACCUGCUGUGCCAUCAGAAGCUCACACCGUCUUUCUUCUCCCCCUCCCUCGGCCCUAAUCUCAUCAUAUCUGAAGCUCCCGUCUCCCCCUCUCCUCCCCUCCCGUAGAACUGCCACACCACCAGGAUUAGGAAUAUUAAAAGUAUUCUGUUGAUUUCAGGCUCGUGACCUUCCUCAAAAAGUCAUCCCUCAUUCUUCAGAUAGCCUUAUUAAUCUUUAUUCCCUCUCCUUUUCUUACUUUUCUCUCUGACUAUUCAGACGUGAUGCUCACUGUCCUGUCAGGAAUCCUGCAUAGGAAUGAAGCAGGGUGUUUUGUGCCAAAGCGAGGUCAUUUCAAUGGCAAUAUUGCUGCCAGUAUCUACAUAUAUACACAGGAAUAUUCUGUGAGAUUGCAUCUUGAAUCCUUCUUUAUCUCUUCCUGUAUUUUCAAGCAUUUAAAACUAAAAGAAUCACAGAUCAGACAGAGGCAUCUCCUGACCAUCUCUUCUACAGUUUACUGUCCAUGAAAAUCUGAUUGCAUUCGCCUCAAAUCAAACAGGAAACUGAAGUAAAUGCAAAUGAGUUUUUUCUUUAUUAUGAUUUCUCAGCGAGCAUGCAGUGCCUGACUGUAUCUCAAUAUGAAUCCAUGAAGAUGGCUACUGCCUCGAUGAAACCUGAGGGAAUUUCAGCAUCACAUCUUGACAGCAAUUAGUGGCACAAUCUGUUUCAUGCUCGCUGAUAUAACUAGGCUCUGGACAGAUCUCAUACUGAAGUGAUACAAUGUUCUGUACAUCUUAAUAUUAUUCAACUGUGGAAGAGGAGACAUUCACAGGACUCAGCCUACAAAAAUCUACUGUGCUUUUUUAAAGCAGAUGUUUCAAUCAGAAAAAAUAGAUGACAUGAUUUUUCACCUUACUGUGGCCUUUCGUGUAACAAUCUGGAGUUUUUUUUGUGUCCAUGGCUUCCUAUCUGGGGUGUUAAAGAGAUAUUUAUAUCUGUAUUGUUUUGGUAAGAAAAGAAAAAUAAAGACAGAUAGAAAUACACCAGAACUCAAAGAUUAAAUUAGGUUUGAACAAUUCUUCAAAAUCAAACGUGACAAAAAGAAAACAUAUCUGUAACAUUCACCAAAGCCUGUGAUGCCUGUUUUAAAUGAUAGAUUCUUGUACAAAAAAGGUAUAAAAUAGCAGAAAAGACUUACAGAUACAAACACAAAAUGAAGAUAAGAAAUGCCUUCAAAUAUUCUGGAGGGGAGGAUUUAAAAAAAAAGUAAAAGAAAAGCUUCUUUAAGAAAAUGUGUAUGUUUUUUAUUCAAUUUUCUAGUAGUUGCAAACAAAACUUGGUGUUUUUUCUCUUUGUGUGUUGUGUGUUGUCUUAAUAUUUGAAUGUAUUUUACUGCAGUGCGAAUUUGCCAAAGAUAUCAUAUCACUUGAUUUCUCUCUCUCUUUAAUUCUUUCUUUUAGUUGUUUUGUUUUUGAAUUGUUACCAAUUCUGUUCAGAUAACUGGAAAUAAAUUGUGAAUUUGAUGUUAUGAUUAUUUUUCAUAAUUCUAUUGUUAAUAUUAUUGUUAUUUUAUUUCCUGGGUUUAUGUGAAAUAUUAAAUUGCAGUUUGCUUGAUGCAUCGCCUCAUACUCAGUCUGUGUACCUGUCCAUCCGUCCACCUGAGUGACUGUUGUUGGUGAAUUUAUUCCAUUUAUGUACCUGUAAUGUGAA